UGGAUUAUGGGGCCUCCUUGUUCGAUGUGCUACUUUGGGCCGGUUUGCAGCUAUCUCCAAGAUGGCAGGUGGUGAUCUACGGAAGAUCUUCAAAGGCACGUUGGUAGAACAGAUGCCGUCGCAUGCAGUUAUCCCACGGGAAAUGAUUGCCACCGACAUCACUUUCAUCAUCAGACUUUUGUUGACAAUCAUGAUAUGGGAUGUCGAAGAUCCUCUGCAUCCCUGA